CAAACCACCAAAAGCUUAAUUUAAUUUCUCUCAUUUCUAUCUUCUUCGAUCAAGACCUCCCAAACCAUGGCUUUACCUUCCUUCCUCCUUUCUCUUCUAGUCCUUCCAUUCCUCACAUUGCUUCCUCCAACACAAUCACAACUCGCCGUGGACUACUACAACGAGACAUGCCCGAAAUUCCAUGACAUCAUGGAUCAAGUUGUUGCAACCAAGCAAAUAGCAUCCCCCACCACCGCAGCUGCCACCCUCCGCCUCUUCUUCCACGACUGCAUGGUGGAAGGAUGCGACGCCUCCCUCCUUCUCGCCUCCAACGCCUUCAACAUAGGCGAGAGAGACGCUGACAUCAACCUCUCCCUCCCCGGAGAUGCCUUUGACGUCAUCACACGUGCCAAAACCUCGCUCGAGCUCCAAUGCCCCGGCAUUGUCUCCUGUGCGGAUAUCCUAGCUGUCGCGGCACGUAACCUCGUCACCAUGGUCGGCGGUCCCUUCUACAGCGUCCGGCUAGGACGAAAAGACGGCCUAGUCAUCACGAAGGCCUCAAUGGUGGAAGGCCACAUUUCUAGGCCUAACAUGUCCAUGACAGAUAUUAUCAAAAUUUUUGACUCGAAAGGGUUCACUACAGAGGACAUGGUGUCAUUAUCUGGUGCACAUACAAUUGGGUUCUCACACUGUUCUCAGUUCUCUGAUAGAAUCUUCAACUUUAGUCCGACUUCACAAAUUGAUCCAUCUCUGAACCCUAAUUAUGCAGAAGGGUUACGUAAACUGUGCGCUAAUUACACAAAGGACCCAACUGUAUCGGCCUUUAACGACGCGAUAACGCCAGGCAAAUUCGAUAACAUGUAUUACAUAAACUUGCAGAGAGGGUUAGGGUUGUUGGCAUCUGAUCAAGCCCUAGCUUUGGACCCGAGGACAAGGCCGCUUGUGGAUUUGUAUGCAGACAAUCAGGCUGCCUUCUUUGAAGGCUUUACUCGUGCAAUAGAGAAGGUUAGUACAUAUAAGGUGAAAACUGGAACGGAAGGAGAAGUGAGGCAUAGAUGUGAUGCUCUGAAUUCCAUAGCAGCAAAACAGUGAUACACAUUGUUCGGAUUGCGAUUAAAAAUACCAGAAAAGAAGUGCUGUUAUUGUUUAGGAUGAGUACAGUAGGAUAAUGAAAUGGUGACAAAGUUGGUGAAACUAAUAUUGUAACCUUCGUCACUAUGAUAGUUUGUGUUUCUAAUGUUUGGCAUUUCUUGCCAUAUUUACAAUGAUAAGCUAAUUUAAAAGAGGUAAUAAAGAAACUCACAUUUAUGUA